GGAUCAUAUGCAGCGAGCAGUCCACGACCUACUCUCACUUCGGAUGGACGCCACGAGGAAGAUGAUCAUGCCGUUGCUGAAGCAGCUGGUGGAGGUACAACCGGAGGUAGUAUCGAUUUCGAUUCAUUUCCGUCCUCUGAGGGGAUGCUCUUGGAUGGAUCUUCUAAGAUGCUGACCAAGACGAGGAGCGUGACCUCGAGCAGCGCACUUUCGAGAACGGGCACUGGCGCGAGC